UCAAGCAUUGCAGUGACCUCAGCAGUGGGCUGAAUUGAGCUGGGUGGGAUUUUCAGCCCCGUAUUCCCGAUCGCGUAUUCAAGGAUCACGAUUUAACGGUGUAUGUGACGGAGCGAAUGAGCGUUUAGCCGGUAACGUUACGCGCUGAACGGUGCAGCAUUUGUGUUCGUGUUUGCGUGCAUCUAACGACAGGGAUCAAAUAAACGAGGAAUGUGGGAUUUACAGAAUGCCCAACAGCGUUGGAAAAAGAUUUAAACCCACCAAAUACAUCCCGGUGUCCACUGCCGCCACUCUUCUGGUGGGAUCCACUACUUUAUUCUUCGUUUUCACGUGUCCGUGGUUAACCAAGGCCAUCUCCUCUGUUGUGCCUCUAUACAAUGGCAUCGUCUUCCUAUUUGUGUUGGCCAACUUCAGCAUGGCCACCUUCAUGGAUCCUGGAGUCUUUCCCAGAGCGGAUGAGGACGAAGACAAAGACGAUGAUUUCCGAGCUCCGCUUUAUAAAAACGUGGAGAUAAAGGGAAUUCAGGUGCGGAUGAAGUGGUGUGCCACGUGCCACUUCUACAGACCUCCUCGCUGCUCACACUGCAGCGUGUGUGACAACUGUGUGGAGGAGUUUGACCACCACUGCCCAUGGGUGAACAACUGCAUUGGCCGGAGGAAUUAUCGUUACUUCUUCUUGUUUCUGCUGUCUCUAAGUGUUCACAUGGUGGGCGUGUUUUCCUUUGGCCUGCUGUUCAUCUUACACCACCUUGAGAGGCUGAGUGCGCUCCACACCACUGUGACGUAUCCUUCCAUGAGAAGCAAUUCCCUGUUGGUCUUAAUGAAAAUAAGUAGGAUUCCCCUCUCUCUCUCUCUCUGUUCUCAGGUGACAGGAAAGUUCCGAGGAGGAGUGAAUCCAUUCACUCGGGAUUGCUGUGGUAAUGUGAAACACGUCUUAUGCAGUCCACUUGCUCCUAGGUACAUCGCUGAUCCCAGGAAGAAAAUUCCCAUCACCAUGAACCCACCAUUCAUCCGCCCUGACCUCUCUAACCGACACGUCAGUGAUAAUGGUAUCCACAGUAACAUCCUACGAAGCAAAACCAGUCUGGAUGGUGUGGAUGAUAAAAGUAUAGAUACACAACCACCUCUGCCGCCCAAAGUGGAUCGCUACAACCAGCUCAAGAGUCAACUCACCUCCAGCGAAGAGAGUUCCCUGUCCGGCAAACCCACUAAUCCAUCCACCCCAGCCAUGUACAAAUACCGACCUUCCUUCAGCACCAUGCCUAAAGUGCACUAUCACGCAACCGGAGAGAAGAUUGUAAUGUCUGAGAACGGUAAGCCCUCUGCAGUUUUAGAGGAGAGAGGUCACGAUUACCGCUCUGAGCCGAAUCUGGAUAUGCCGGACUUCCGCAGCACUCCUCUCCACCGAACUUACCAGUCCUCACCUUUCCAGCUGGACUCAUUCAGCACCACUUCUCGCUCAUUCAGUCUCAAACAGGGAGUGAACAGGGCUGACCAGAUGCCACUGGGUGGCAGCAAACCACAAACGGUCACUUCCACCCCUCACAAUGGAGUCUUCUCCCCUGGGACAUUAUCUGGCCGCAAUGGCAGCCUAUCCUAUGAUAGCUUGCUAACCCCCAGCAUUACGUCAUCUGUGGGCGAGUGCGCUGCCCACCCGGGAGUGCCCUCUAUGGGUUUUCAUUCACCUUACUUGCCCACUAAAAUGUGUCAUGUACGAGGGCCCGAGCUUCAAUGGCACGCCGGCACGCCAUCCUAUAGUCCUGUUCACGUAGGAGCGAUGUACGGGCGUCAAUCGCCACUCUCAAGAGACCGAGAUCCCUCGCCCGUCCGCUACGACAACCUCUCCAAAACCAUCAUGGCCUCCAUUCAGGAGAGGAAGGAGCUUGAGGAGAGGGAGAAACUCGUGCAUCGGCACGUGCAAGCACCGGUGGCCUAUGCCAACGAUUCGGGUGUGUUUGACACCUACAGUGGAGCCACCUAUGGACUCCCACCUGGGACGUGCUACCCCGACAGCCCUAGAGGCCCCGGAUCCCGAGAGCCCACCCCUCCUGUGUGCCGCUCUCGGGAUAACUUGAUGGGAGUCGGGGUAGUGGGAUACGCUCCCCGAACACCUGUUCUGCGUUCCUCUGCAUCUUCGCUCACCAGAGUGCCGAGGAUUUCCACUACAUCCCUCCACACUGAUGGAGGCGGUGCGAGCAGGACAGCCGAACACCAAUACCGCUCUCCGGUGCACCAAACGAAUCACUCCCCAACAUCUGUGCCCCGUUCCCCAUCAUAUGCGCAUCAGAAGGUCGCCUUCAUUGGCGCUCUGGAGAGGGCAGACUCACCACAUCUGGGUACAAGAGAGGACCUCGGUCAAGGUAAAGUCAAUGGGCAACUAAAGGGCCAAGCACGUGACUGCCAUCUUGGGACUCCUUCUGGAACUCCCAGCAGACACACCAAUGUCAAAAAGGUCACAGGAGUGGGUGGAACUACAUAUGAGAUUUCCGUUUGACGGACAGCUUGAAGAGCCACUGCCUGUGAGGAAAAGCACUGCCAUGGCAACACCACCUCCACUUGUGCUCAAGACGAUUAAGUUUCUCUUUCUUUUCACAGUUUUUUUUAAAUAAUAGUCAAACCGAUUGAUCAGGAGACAUACAUUAUCUGGUGCAGUUCUGUUGACCCAGUGUAAAAUAUAACAGGAGUGCUUCGUCAAAGAAGCGUUGUAUGUUUUUAAAGUGUCAGCCAUCAGGAUAUAAAUCCCACACCACAGAAAAUUCUGGUUUAAUUGCAUCAAAUGAAAAUGUAAAAUAUAUAUACAGUAAGGGCUGAAAAUGUAGAGUGUCAGUUCAUUUGUUUGUAUAUAAAAGCUCAAAGGUCGCAUAUUGAAUGCAAAUGUGCUCAGUAUGCUGAUCUUCCACA